UCUGGACACCGUGUCUGGGCUCAUCAAAAUUGUGCAGAAGGAAUGGCGCAGUACUUUCAAAAAGAUUCGAUAGCCACUUUAACAUAUAAGUCUAUCCUGAAUAUUCAACGAUUCUAUAGUCUUGCCGAUCCACCUAUACGGA